ACGAAGCACACUGUACACUGAACACAGCGAUGCAAGCCAUGCUCAACAACAAGAAGCUGCUUCCCAACAGCGGUGGCAAUCUCCUGCCGAGCCGGCCGACAAAGGCGACUGAGUCACGGCGCGCUCCGCCGUCGCAAGAUCGGCCGUUCGCAUGCCCGAUCCCGACCUGCGGCGGUCGAUUCCACCGCAAGUUCACGCUACACGAGCACAUGAAGACACACACUGGAGAGCAACCCCACCAUCGCCCUGUUGAAGGCUGCGGCAAGCGAUUCAGCACCUCCGGCAACCUGGCGCGGCACCGGAAACUGCACUCCGUCCAGAAACUCAACUGUCCGACACCGUACUGCUCCCGGGAAUUCACAAGUCGUGAAAAGCUCAUGAGACACAUCAAGGUCCACCUCGCCGGCACGCCGCAUACCUGCCACAUCGAAGGCUGCGGCAAGACCUUCAGCACGGCUGGAAACCUGACACGGCACCGACGAACGCGGCACAACGCCCCACCGACCAAUCGGACGGCCGGACCACCCAUGCUGAAGAGCUUUUCAUUCCCCGAGCAGCCGCAGCGUCACUUCAUCGCGCAAGGGCUGCCCACCCGAAUGGUGCAGUACCCGGUCGUCCCUGGUGCCAUGCUCGUGAAAACCCCAGUGUGGUCCGCUGUGCCACCCCAAGAAGCAGUGGCUCCGAGACCUUCCUACAACCGCAUCUCCGAUCAAGACGUGCGGGACCUGCUUGAUUGCCUCUUUGUCGAGAACCACGCGGGUACGCUCGUCAACAACGUAGGCGGCAUCAUCCGUAGCGAGCCAUUCCUCCGUGGAGCCUUCCACCAGUGA